UGAAGUGUGGCCAUAGAUAAAGUGCAGUGAAUAUAAUAAUUGUGUUCUAAAAUAUACACACCAAGGUUUAGGGACUCUUCUAUAGUUGAAUUUGUAUAGAUUUAAGUCAGUAAAAUAUCCGUGUACAUGAUUUUUUAAAUUUUCAACUGGGUCUUGCUUAUCAAGUUUUUAUCAAGUUUUGACAGGAUUAUAUGCAUUUCGUAUUUAAAUCAAGAUAAUUUUCAUGAGUGAUGUUAACCUCUUAUUCUUACGAAUCAGCGACGAUGUCUACGAAGAAUCCGCUGGUGUAUGAAAACUUGGUGCUUGAGGGAGGAGGAGCUAAAGGAGUUGCUCUGGGUGGUGCUUUAAAGUAUUUACAGAAACUGGGUUUGUUAUCUGGAGAUGGCAAUCAUCAUAUAAAGCGAUUUGGUGGGGCCAGUAUUGGUGCUUUAGUAGCAUCCUUACUAUCUGUUGGUUACAGUCCAGAUGAGGUCUCUAAUAUACUAUAUUCAAAUUCAAUGUCAACAUUUACCUCAGGGACUCUGUUUUCGAUUUGUUUGUCGUUUUAUGAAGUAUUUAAGCAGUAUGGUUUCCAUUCAACCAAUCCCAUUAAGAAAUCGUUAGGGGAGUAUAUAAAACAGAAGACAGGAAAUGCUGAUUUGACGUUUAAACAGUUGUAUACUAGUCGUGAUAAGGAACUCUGUGUUAUUGUAACUAAUGUCAACAGAUUAAAAACAGAAUAUUUCCACGCGAAGACAACACCGGAUACACCAAUUAGAGAAGCUGUGCGCAUGUCUAUAUCUAUACCAGGAUAUUUUAGGGCAAUAAAAUCCAAAUUAGAAGCAGACGGAGAAGAAGAUUUGUUUGUAGAUGGAGGGAUGCUGUGUAAUUACCCAAUUCAUUGUUUUGAUGGCUGGUUUUUAUCAAUGGCUAAAGGGAAUAGCUUCUUUAAUAGAAUAAAAUCUUUAAGUGAUAUUGCUAAACAUUAUGAACAAAAUAACCGAUUUAAAGAAUUUAAUCCUAAGACAUUGGGAAUUGUUUUAUAUUCGGAGACUGACAAUCAGUGGAUGAAGGACUGCUUCAAUAAAAGGGCGUUGUGUUUAAAACCAGAGAGACCUGGAAAUAGUACCAAAUUAUAUUGCGAAAGGGACAAAAGUCGUCAUAAAUCUGAAGAAAUUGAACAGUAUGAUAAACUCCGUUCAUCAGUAGAAGUAUUUUUUAAAGUAUGCCAAGAACAUCUGUCAGAAUCUACGUUGAGCAAAGAGGCGGUGAAAAUUAUAUUUGAAGAUAAACGUUUUACACAAGAACAAAGAGAUGCUCUGUUUGAAGGUCUGACGUUUGAAGAGUUUUUCAGCAAGCUUGACCAGAACAAUGAUGGAACGGUUCAGUUUAGAGAACUGUUAGGUUUUAUUGAAUGGAAAGGGGUAUAUUCAAGCCAGAAAUACAUGGGAUUCGACAGAAAAAAUAUCACCGAUCUGAAAACAUUCGUUUCGUCAUUGAUCGGAGCCCUUGUACAAAAUUCUCAAAUGAUAAAUCUACAGCCAAGGGAUAUUGAUAGAACAAUAGCUAUAAAUACAAGCUAUGUUGGUACGUUAGAUUUUGAACUUGAAGAUGCAGAUAAAGAAUUUCUGGAGCAGAGAGGAUCUAAUGCAGCUAAAGCAUUUUUCGAUAUGAAACAUACAAAUGAAUGUGGGUGUUCUGAAGAGAAUUAGAUUCAAGUAUUUUAAACAUACUCCAUCGUCAGGGCCGGGUUAAGACACACAGUGGCCCUACGAACUUAAACGAUUUUGUUGCCCCAAUAUUUAGCCUAUAUACUUUAAACCAUAAACAGUAUUAAAGCGUAAACAACCAGUCAAGCACGUGGUCUUAAUUAGUUUUUGAAUGUAACAAAGCAGACAUUCUGCUGUGCCCUCAUUCCCAUGAUGCAACUUACCACGUGCCUAUUUUGUUUAAUGGUUAAUCCAUCACUGCCCAUGGUAAAACUUGUUAACAAUGGUCUAUUGGACAUUGUUACUCUUAACAAGAAAAUAAAUGUAUCUGCCAUAGGCAUUGUUGUUCUUACCACGAACAUAAAUACAUUUAUUUUUAUAUUAUAUCACACUGAAAUUAAUCAUAAACCUACCCGAGUAUCGAAAAUCCAAGUUCUGGCCUGCAUGCAUUAAGGUAUUUUAAAAAUAAAAAUAUACUUGUCUCAGCCCACAUGUACAGUGGAAUUGUCUCCCUUUAAUCUUAUUGUCCCCUGUACACUGUUUUGACAAUCGCUCUGUGCAAUUUGGACAAUCUCAGUACAAUGGUAAUUUUAACAAAUGUCAGAAAUCUAUUGCAUCUAAAGCCCUGUAUCAAUUAUAUAAUGUUCUUAACAAAGUAAAUCUUGAUGUAAAACAGCAAUUUUAUCUAUUUGACUCUGAUAUAGGAUCAAUUCUUAAUUAUGCUUGUGCGAGUUGGGGCUUCCAUAGUUCUCCAGACAUUGAAAAACUACACCUACAGUUCUGUAAACGGACAUUACUUUUAAAAUCCUCUACGCAUAGUGCUUCGGUGUAUGGAGAGCUUGGAAGAACAACUCAAUAUUACUCCUGACUAAAUUGUAUAUUAAAAUAUUGGAUAAAUGUUUUAUCAGAUAA